CUCUGUCCCGUCUUGUUGUUGUUGUUGUUGUUGUUGUUGUUGUUGUUGUUGUUGUUGUUGUUGUUGCUGUUUUCGCCCCUCCGAGUCCUCUCCGUUCCGGUGGAUUCAUGCUCAGCUCUCGCCCUCCUCGGUCGCCAUGCAGAACAACCACCAUAAGGAGCACCUCUACAAGAUCCUUGUGAUAGGGGACCUGGGGGUCGGGAAGACCAGCAUCAUCAAGCGCUACGUCCACCACAACUUCAGCCCCAACUACCGCGCUACCAUCGGGGUGGACUUCGCCCUCAAAGUCCUGAACUGGGACCAGGAGACGGUGCGCCUGCAGCUGUGGGACAUCGCGGGUCAGGAGAGGUUCGGCAACAUGACCCGUGUGUAUUACCGUGAAGCCAUGGGAGCCUUCAUCGUGUUCGAUGUGACGCGGCCCGCCUCCUUUGAGGCCAUCACAAAGUGGAAGGAGGACCUGGAUUCCAAACUGACACUUGCCAACGGGAAAAACGUGGCCACUGUGCUGCUGGCAAACAAAUGUGACCAAGGUCGAGAUGUGCUGACCAAUAACGGAAUAAAGAUGGAGCAGUUCUGUCAGGACAACGGCUUUGUAGGAUGGUUUGAGACGUCCGCUAAGGAGAACAUCAACAUCGACGAGGCAGCCACCUGCCUGGUGAAACACAUCAUUGCGAGCGAGAACGACAUGCUGCAGUCAGAGAUUCCCGACACCAUCACCCCUCAGUUAGAGAAGGACCGAGGCGGGACGUGCUCCUCCUGCUUCAGGUCCCAGUAACGUUAACACCCGGCAGCCGGGUGUCCCUUUUUUGUGUGUCACUUUGCGCUGAGUCGUGGGAGCAGGAGGAGGCAGAAACACUUUGGCGGUUUUAGGGAGGGAUGGCGAGGGAGGCAGCUGGCUCAGAAGCAGAUUGAGACAGAGACAGAAAUAGAGGAAGGGAGAUGGAUGCAGCUGUGUGGCCUUCUCCGAGACAAGGUCACCCCCCCCACUUCAAGCCUUGACACUGAAACAUCAGUUACCAUGGUGACACAGUUAACAAACAAAUGCACAAAUCACAGUAUAUCUGUACUAAAGGUCGGCAGAGAUAAUCACAUUCUCCCUCCUUACUUUGACCUAUUCCACAAUUAUUUAUAAGGUGCAUAUUUUCUCCUGUCACCAUGUGAAACAUGCAUGUUUAAAACUCUAUAAUAAACAUGAACGUGUGUUAAGAUUUCCUAAAAUGAAAGAAAGAACAGUGUCUGUUAGUAAUGAACUCUUCAGUGGUUUUAUAUUACGUUUUAUUCCACUGUAAAAUAACUGUAAGAUUUGUAAUUUUGGGAUUAAUGCAGAUAUGUAUCCACUUAUCUACAUAUUAUAUACAGCAAACAAAGUCCAGUUGUAGAACCAAAGAUGUUUUCAGUUUUCUAAGUGUUCAUAUGAAUAAAAGCUUUUACUGGCUGUUA